AUGAACACAAGUAAUGGCAAAUGGUUUGACAAAAAGAUAAGCCCGUCAAUUAGUGGGUCGGUUACUUCUUCGACAUAUACGGCACACUCAUUAGACCAGCAUCAAAUAUCUAUUUAUAAGAACCUUGAACAACCGCGUUUUGAAAUCAAACAAGUACAACUACAAUUUGAUUUGAGACAUAAGCUCGAGAGGGUUGUUGUGGCAGACAGUCUAAUGUACUUGAUUGUUGGGGGGUCACUAAUGUUCAAAAUAGACCUAAACAACCCUUCGCAAUUGAUCAAGUAUCUGGUACCCCCACCUUUGCUUACACCAUCACAGGCUGCCUUUGAUGUUUGGGUUAAUAGAACCGGAGAGGAUUUGAUAUUGAGGGUCAAUCAGCAAUACUACUAUUUGAACCAGGACUACAAAGCUUUCAAGUUGCUAGGAAAGCUCAAAAACUUGGAUAUAACAUCAGCCGUUUUCAUGUCGGCGCAUACUGUACUAAUGGGAACAUCAAAUGGUGCAGUUUACUUGGCAGUGAUAAGACCUCAUGAAGAUGUUAAAAAAAACGACCUACAAUACUUUAAACAGGUUUUUAAGGUGGAGUCAAAAGUGCAAGGAAUAGCACUUACAAACAACCAAUCUCAAAUUCAUUUGAUUGCCAAUUUUACCCUAUAUACCUGGCCUUGCUUUGAUACUUCGUACAACGAGUUGACAAAAGUGUUCAAGACACAGCCGGUGAUUAGAAAUAUUGCUCAUAAAAACACGCGGUAUCUAUUUGCAUCUAAUGAUGACAACUUUGUGUUUUUGUCAGAUGAAUUGGUCACCAACGACGAGGAAAUACAAAUACCUUUGAUAAAACAAGACUUGAAAGAUUUAAUGAUUACAUCGCAUCACUUGAUUGGCUUUGACAGCAAAAGCAGCAUUUAUAUCUUUAACAAAUUGAAUCAGCAAACAAAAACGUUACAGUUUGAGGGAAACAUCAGUGGUUUUGCAAGUGACUCUAGCACUUAUUGGAUAUACACUGAUAAUUCCAUCUACGAGUUGCUCAUCUCUAAUGAAAGCAGUUUGGUCUGGUACGAUUAUUAUAGAAUGGGUAAAUUUGAGGAAGCUCUAAAUUGCUUGGAGGACAAUGAGGAGAAUUUUUUUAAAAGAGACUUGGUUUUAAUAAAACAGGGCUACGACUAUUUACAAAAGGGGGGCUUUGGGUUGGAGACAAGGGAAAAAGAUCUCAUUCUGUUGCAGAAGAAAGGGAUAAAUAUUUUGGCAAAACUGACAGAACCUUUUGAAAAAGUAUGUCUCAUGUUGAAUCGAACAAACUCGAGAGGUAUGCUAUUGGACUAUCUAUUGUCUAAGUUUGCAAUGAAUAAACGGAACAAAGUGAGGGCGGUGGUGCUAUCAACUUGGAUCCUCGAACUCAUGGGUAGACUCAAUGACGACAGAUUUGAUGAUUUUGUAAGGUCAAACUAUAAGUUGUUUGACAGGUCAAUAUACGAAGUAUUGCAAGGGGAAAAGGCAUUGUUUUACGCUGAUUUGAUUGAAGAUUAUAGGUUUAUAUUGAACUACCAUCUCAAUAGGAAAACUUGGUCACUAGCUGUUAGAACACUUGCUAGGAUGUAUUUGAAAGAUGCUGAGGCUAUUUAUGAAAGUGCCACCACAUUAUUGCUAAACUAUCCCAAAGUUGUUGACAUGUGGUUGAGAUUUGACUUGGACUAUGAACGUAUGUUGCCAGCGGUGUUGUCUUAUUGCGCAAAAAAUAAACAAGUAUCUUUGAGUAGCAACGUUGCCGUGAAAUUCAUACAAAGAGUUCACGACAAGGGAUACAAAAGCAAACAGCUCAACAAUUACUACUUAUCUCUCCUCGUGACGUCUCCAGAAGACACUGAGAGUUUAAUAAUCAAAUUCAUCAACAAUGAAAAAUCUUAUGAUCAAAAUUUUAUUUUGAGACUAUGCAUCCUCCGGAAUAGAAUCUAUCCUGCUGUUUUGAUCUAUAUAGAUAUGGGCCUUUAUGAACAAGCAUUGGAUUAUGCGUUGCGCAAUGAUGCUAUUGAGCAAGGCGAAUAUGUUCUUCGGAAAUAUGAAGAAGAUAUCGUAAAAGAGGAUGUAAACGAAGAAGAAAAGGAACAAGAGGAAGAAGAGGAGGAGCAUGAUCACCAUCACAGCAAAUUAGAGAAGGAAAGUUAUAGCAUUAGGAGACAUUUGUGGUUGAGUUUUGCAAAACAUUUGAUUGACCAUGUGUGCCUGGGGAAAGAUGUUGGACUUGCAGACUUGGAUAAGUCUCCCAAUAAGUUGAACAAGAUAUUGAGCUAUGUCUCGGGCAAGUCAUCGCCGUUGGGCUUAAAAGAUUUGUUACCGUUAUUUCCCGAAACUGUUAUGAUCAACAAUUUUAAAGACGAGAUAGUAGACUCUCUCAACAACUACAAUCGCAGUUUACAGGAUAUCAACGUUAAGAUUCAAGAAAAUAGCGACUUGUUAUCAUCGUUGAAACAGGAGACUUUACUAGAAAAGCAGAGGAAAUCUGUUAGCUACUCGGUUGUAGAACCGGGCACACCUUGUCGCUUGUGCACUAAUUUACUCAUUACAAAAAAUUUCAUCUUUUUCAAAAAUUGCAAGCAUGGCUUCCAUAAGGAAUGUUUAGUUCGUUUUUAUUCAAAGUCCAAGGGGAACUACAAUUUCAAGAAAAUUUACCUGAACUUUAUGAGAAAUGGAGGUAAAGAUCAAGGGAAAUUGAAGCAGGAGAUUGACGAGAUGUUAUGCAAAGAGUGUGUAUUAUGUAGCGAGUCCCAUAUCAACACUAUCGACCUAGGUUUCCUAGAGGAAAACGGCAAGGACAUCGAAGAGUUGAAAUCGUGGGAACUCUAA